CGGGAACAUGGCGAUUCUGCUUUCGACUGAGUGACGGAUAUCUAAUUUUCAGUGAAAUUCCCUGAGAAAAAGUGCCGUGUGGCGGUGAAAAGAGGCGUAAAAUCAAUCUUGUAUGGGUGUUGAAAACAGUGAGUGUUUAAGAUGCAGAAUGUAGGACCAUCUGAUGGGCUAAAACACGAGAAUAAAGUGAGUGUUAGAGGCAGCACGGGAAGGAAUAAUGGCAAAAUGUCGACACCAUCGAACAAAUUCACAAGUAACACUUCAAGUCCAACGAAAUCGGAUACAGAGACCUUCUCUGAGUUUCAGCCCAGAGUCACCGACUCGUCCGAGAGUGACGAGGAGUCUGUGUCUGAGAUUUUGCUGGCAUGCUUGUGUCUAAGGCCAGACUUAUUGGUUGACUCCUUUCCGCUAGACCAGAAUGAUUUGGUCGAGAUACCAGGAUCAUGCUCAGACAGUUGUGAGAAUGAUGACAAUGAUGAGGAGGAGGAGGACGAUGAGGACGAUGAGGAGGAUGAGGAGACCGACGUUCAUAUUAGUGAUGGUAAAAAAUACUUACUAGAAUGUGAUCAGGACUCUGAUCAGGGUCAGCAUGACACCAAGGCUCGCUUAGAGGCACUUCUAGAAGCUGCAGAUGAAGCUGCCCAAGCUUUGAAUAGAAUGCGAUCUGAUAGUAGUCCGCGUGACAAGAAAAUUCUUCGUGGUUUCAGUUUACUCUCACGUUCCUUAAUUGCUGCCUGCACCGAUAACGAUGUCAAUGCGGUGCGUCGUCUCCUGGGCGAGGGAAAUAGUACAAUCAACGAGGGCACUGAUGAUGGCGAAUCUUUACUUUCUCUGGCAUGUUCUGCUGGAUACUAUGAGCUUGCGCAGGUACUACUGGCAAUGUCUGCCCAAGUGGAAGAUCGCGGUCAGAAGAAUGAUUGUACACCACUGAUGGAGGCAGCAUCGGCGGGUCACGUUGAUAUCAUCAAGCUGCUGAUAAGCCAUGGAGCCGAUGUGAACGCCCAAUCGUCAACUGUCACUCCAAUAGGUAACACACCUCUCAUGUAUGCGUGUGCUGGUGGACAUGUUGCCGCCGUUCAAGAGCUACUAGCACAUGGUGCCAAUGUUGAGGAUCACAAUGAGAAUGGUCACACACCGCUGAUGGAGGCUGCGUCAGCCGGACAUGUUGAGGUUGCCAAGAUCCUCCUUGAGCACGGUGCCGGCAUUAAUACCCAUUCGAAUGAGUUCAAGGAAAGUGCUCUUACGCUGGCAUGCUACAAGGGUCACCUCGACAUGGUGAGAUUCCUGCUGGAGGCCGGAGCGGAUCAGGAGCACAAGACGGACGAGAUGCACACGGCGCUGAUGGAGGCGUCUAUGGAUGGGCAUGUGGAGGUGGCGCGUCUCCUCCUCGAUUCCGGGGCGCAGGUCAACAUGCCGACGGACUCUUUUGAGUCACCACUGACGUUGGCCGCAUGCGGAGGUCACGUGGAUCUGGCGAUGUUGCUGAUCGAGCGCGGGGCGAAUAUUGAGGAGGUGAACGAUGAGGGGUACACGCCACUGAUGGAGGCAGCACGAGAAGGGCAUGAAGAAAUGGUGGCGUUGCUUCUGUCGCAAGGGGCGAAUAUCAAUGCUCAAACUGAGGAGACUCAAGAGACAGCAUUGACACUUGCUUGUUGCGGUGGAUUCCUGGAGGUGGCUGAUUACUUGAUCAAGAAUGGGGCGGACAUUGAAUUGGGUGCGUCCACGCCACUGAUGGAGGCCGCCCAGGAGGGCCAUCUGGAUCUGGUGAAGUUUCUUCUCGAGAACAAUGCGGAUGUGCAUGCACAGACACAGACUGGCGACACGGCGCUCACGUAUGCAUGCGAGAAUGGUCACACUGAGGUGGCUGAGGUGUUGCUGUACUACCGUGCUGAAUUGGAGCAUGAAUCUGAAGGGGGGCGAACGCCACUGAUGAAGGCCUGCCGUGCCGGUCACAUUUGCACCGUGAAGUUUCUCAUCGCCAAGGGGGCGGACGUGAAUCGUCAGACAACCAACAAUGACCACACGCCGCUAUCCUUAGCGUGUGCCGGUGGACAUCAGGCGGUGGUGGAGUUGUUGCUCAAGAGUGGCGCUGAUCCCUUCUACAAGUUGAAGGACAACAGCACAAUGCUGAUUGAGGCUGCCAAGGGUGGACAUAUUGGGGUGGUGCAGCUCCUCCUCGACUAUCCACACUCAAUGAGCAAUGCCAAUCAAAUGCCACCGACGCCCACGAAUGUGAUCAGCGACAGAGAGUUGAUGAUAUAUGCUGAGCAACAGCAGAAGAUCCAGAAGCAACUGCCACAGCCAAUCCAGCCAAUUGUGCUGCAUCAGCCGAAGCAGCAGCAAGCACAGGCGGCAGCCGCGGCGGCGGCGGCACUGGCGCAGAAUCAGCAGCUAGUGACUGCCCCGCCGGGUCUGCACGAUGUGCCGGAGGCGAUCCGCGUGUCCAACCAUCAGAUGCUGCAUCAGCAGCAGCUGCAGGGAAAGGAUGAGGUGCAGCAGCAGCAACAGCAGCAGAUGAUGGCGGCGGCUGGGGAUGGCACAAAUGUCAUCCUGGAUAGCGUGAAGGGUGGCUUAACGGCACCACAAACGGACUCAAUUCUCGCUCAGAUGCGCAUGUUCCAGAUGCAGGCGGGCUUCACGGAUGGCCUGGCCCAGGGACUGGCUCUGGCACAGCCGGGUGUUGUUAACCAAAUUGUGGGCAAUGUUGGUGUUGUGGAUGCCAAUCAGCAGUUGCAACAGCAGCAGCAGCAGCACAUUGUUCCGCAGCCACCGAAUAACGUCGCGAGUGGCAAUCAACAGAUAACUGCCAAACAAAAGGGCCUCUCGCGCAAAGGUCGACCCUCUGUUAUACCAUAUGAUUCCAAUUUGACCACGUCGGAGGCGCAGCAGGUGCGAUCGCAGCCUCUGGGCGAGGAUGAGAACUCAAUCUACGUAACUACCACUCUGCCGACGGCUGACAAGAAGAUUUUGGAGGAAUUCCACAAGACCACGAAUCUUCAGGUACUGUGCGAGGGAGGUGUACCAUCGACUCUUUUGCCAAGUUCUGCAUACGUAGAUAUAACAACACCAUCAGCUCAAGGUGGAAAGGCGCAGGAUAAUACGUUCCUCAUCACGACGAGUUCCUUUCCGACGUCAAUCAAUCAAAGCGUAACAACAACAACAGCGUCAGGAUCAUCAACAACAAUUCCUUCCACAACACCAUCGACGCAGAUCACAGCACCGUCGGAAGUGUCACAGAACACGGCCAUAAGUGAUCGGCCAAAGGUGAAACCUGUGUCCAAGAAGGAUGGAAAGGGCAACAUCCGGAAGAGUGGAUCUGUUCUGCAACAGAAUCAAAUGGUGUCUAUCUACAACAACUUGCCUGUGAUUCCAUCGUCGGAGCAAAAUCUUCAGCUACUGCAGCAAUCAAUCGCAACACUGAGUCUGGCGCAGCAACAGCAGCAACAACAACAACCGGGUGCGCCGCAGACACUGAUUCAGCAACAACUAGCCAACAUAACGCAGAAUAUUCAACAAAUCUCACACCUUCAAUCGGUGAAUCGCCAAUUGCCACCAUCAUCAACCAACAUCAGCCAACAACAGCAGCAGCAGCAGCAACAGCAGAUGACACCCAACAUUGUUCCAAUGCAGGCAGCGGCGCUGCCCAUGAGCGGUGACAGUGGCGGUGAAGCUGGUGCCGCUCUGACAGCGCAAAUUGCACAGAAUCUGAACAACCAGAGUCUGCUGGGCGCGAGUGAGAGUGAUGAGCAAUUGAAUUCGCAGUGGAAUCAGAAGAUGUGGCAAAUGGUGGCACAACUGCCGAAUCAUCCGCUGCAGAAGAUUGCACAGCGUGUCAUUGCUGAUCAGCCCAAGAGUCCCACUGAGGGUCAAAUGGGUGGAUCCAGUAGCGGAGCGAGCAGUGGACUGCCGACAUCACCCAACAAUGCGUCUAAGAAUAUCGCAAACAAUAACGAUUAUUCUGUCAUCUCACGCAUGAUUUCCGAGGUGGUGCAUGGAAUAAGUUCGGAUUUGAAUCCUGAAUUUGUUCAGCAACACCAACAGGAGGACAGUUUAAUUCAUCAGAAAGCCCUGAAUGUGAAUCAGCAGUUCUUGCUGCAACAGAAUGAUGGUCAACCGAUGGUGGAGCAAGGUGAUUCUGAGGAUCAUUUGCACAUGUUUUCCGUGGAUGACAGUGACGCUGAGACUAUUGGUGACUGUGAGAUCUAUCCGGCCCUGGAUGAGUCUCUGGAGUCACUGAAUGUUGAUGAUGUGACAAAUGUCGCGACUGUUACCACAAUUGACGGUUCAAAGGAGACCAUCUGCAACUACGAAUGGGCAGAUUACAUUGAUGAUGCUAUAAAUGCUUUACACGGUGGCGCAGAUAUUCCCGUCGCUAUUCAGCAGGAAAUGGCUGCGAAUUUGAAUUGCCCAGAUUUGGCUGAUGCCUAUGCUAUGGGUAACCUCAUGGGUAUCAGUAGUUUCUGUAAGACACACUGGGGAAAUCAGUGGGCUCCAGCUGGUCAACCAAUUGAGCAGCCAUCCACGAGCCAGUCUGUGGUUAGCGAUGAUCAUCGAAAUCAAAUAAUGACGUUCGAUCAUCAGCUACAUCAACAAAUUCAGCAGCAAUUAUCUGUUGAACAAUUGCAACUCUUGACUCAACUUCAAAAUCAGCAAAAUCAAUCUCUGUCUAUGAUUCCAACAUCAUCAAUUGAUCAGCAACACUUGUCCAAUGCCAACAUAACAUCUCUGGCAUCGUCACUUGCAUUGGCCCAGCAAUCUGGACAGGUGCAGCAGUCACAGUUGAUGAGUCAACUGCCAGCAACAUUGGAUCUACAGCAGCAACAGCAGCAGCAAAAUUUGUCUGGUGAUGCCCAACAGCAGACAAAGUUUGUGUUCAAUGUUGACAUUGAGAAGCAAUCGCCGGCGCUUCAGUUGCUGUUUCAAAUGCCAGCCCAGCAACAGCAGCAGCAGCAGCAGGCACAGGCCGGAUCGACUGUACUGUCAAGUCCAAUUCAGCAACAGUUUCAGCAGCAACAGCAGCAAAUCAUUGCGUCCCAAAUUGCCCAAACACAGACCAGUGGUUUGCUGAGCGGACAGCCUGUUGUUGAUGCCCAACAAUCGAUCCAACAAGUGCAGCUGCCGUCAAAUUUGACCAUCUUGCAACCGCAUCAGAUUCUGUCCAAGGCCCAACAGAUGCAGAAUUGCUCACAAGCUGUUGCAACGCAAACCCAACAACUGCCAUCGGGUACGUCAAUGACAGCAGUCACUGCUCUCGCCUCACACCAACAAAAUCUCAACAACAUCAUCCCGUCACCUCAACUCGAGGGCACAGUGCAGCCGCCAAGUGCGGCGGUGCCAGCAAUAGCCUCAUCCGUUGCCACCUCAAGUGCUGUGAAAGCAAACGGGAUUGUUGCGGGUGGAGGUAAGAAAGGAUCUGAUAAAACAUCUCGCAAGGAGAGCAAACGGUAUUCGGUAGCAAGAGAAGCGCCUGCCGGUAGUCAAGUAGGAUAUAAUGUAGAUGCUGCAGGUGCGACAGCGGCAGCUCAACAGCAGUUCGCCGUGCAGGCUGCAAGUCCGCCCGAUAAGACAAUUGAUGUGGACUCGGAGACGGACUCAAAUCACGAUACAGCACUCACGCUCGCCUGUGCUGGUGGUCAUGAGGAUCUGGUGGAGUUGUUGAUCAGUCGUGGUGCCAAUAUUGAGCACAGGGACAAGAAGGGAUUCACACCACUUAUACUUGCUGCGACAGCCGGACACGACAAAGUGGUGGAGGCACUGUUGAAGUAUGGAGCGGAGAUGGAGGCUCAGUCUGAGCGCACCAAGGAUACACCGCUAUCGCUGGCGUGCUCAGGUGGGCGGUAUGAAGUGGUGGAGCUUCUACUUAACAUUGGGGCGAAUAAGGAGCACCGAAAUGUAUCCGAUUACACACCAUUGAGCCUGGCCGCGAGUGGUGGCUAUGUGAAUAUCAUCAAGCUACUCCUCAGUCAUGGUGCGGAGAUAAAUUCACGCACUGGGAGUAAACUUGGUAUUUCACCGCUAAUGCUUGCGGCAAUGAAUGGACAUACUCAAGCUGUGAAACUCCUCCUCGACAUGGGAUCGGAUAUCAAUGCCCAAAUUGAGACUAAUCGCAACACUGCCCUCACCCUGGCGUGCUUCCAGGGGCGACACGAAGUGGUGAAUUUGCUGUUGGAGCGCAAGGCGAAUGUGGAACACCGGGCCAAGACGGGCCUCACGCCACUCAUGGAGGCGGCGAGUGGUGGAUACAUUGAGGUGGGACGUGUGCUGCUGGACAAGGGGGCGGACGUGAAUGCGGCACCUGUGCCAUCGUCCAGAGACACAGCUCUUACGAUUGCCGCUGACAAGGGGCAUGUGAAGUUUGUGGAACUUCUCCUGUACCGUGGAGCGGCUGUGGAGGUGAAGAACAAAAAGGGCAAUUCACCCCUCUGGCUGGCGGCCAACGGUGGUCAUUUGGCUGUCGUUGAGAUCCUCUAUGCCCACGAUGCCGAUAUUGAUUCACAGGACAAUCGCAAGGUAUCGUGUCUGAUGGCAGCAUUCCGCAAGGGUCACACGAAGGUGGUGAAGUGGAUGGUGAAUCACGUGACGCAGUUCCCGUCUGACCAGGAAAUGACACGAUACAUUUCCACUGUGAGUGACAAGGAGUUGCUGGAUAAAUGCCAUGAGUGCGUGAAGGUGAUCAGGGCGGCCAAGGAGGCGCAGGCGGUGAAGGCCAACAAGAAUGCCUCGAUCCUGCUGGAGGAGUUGGACAAGGAGAAGAAUCGCGAGGAGAGUCGAAAGGCGGCCGCGGCGCGACGACGAGAGCGCAAGAAGAAGAAGAAGCUGGAGAAGAAGGAGGAGAAGAGGAAGCUGAACGAGCCGAAGAAUGCGCAAGAGGACAAGGACGAUGACAAGGAUGAUGAUAGUGACAAUGAGAAGGAUGAGUCCAGUCCGGAGAAUGCGCCGCAGGGUGACAAGGAGGAGGGAGACUCAGGCAUCGAUGCCAACAGUCAGGGAUCGUGCUCGAGUGCUGAUGUGAAGUCGAGUAACCUCAUGGAUAAGCAGAGCAAGCUGAAUAAGGCGAAGAAGAGGAAGGAGAAGAAUGUUCCGGCUCAACCUCAGCCAUCCAGUUCGCAGCCUCAGGCGAGUCGCGCGAAGAGUCCGCUCACCAGUCAGGAGUUGGCCAAGGUGGUGAAGAAGGAGGAGAUUGUGAUGAAGAAUAUGAAGAGUGCGCGUGAUGUGCCGACGACGAGUGUGAAGGGUGAUCAGCAGAAGGAGGGAAAGUCGCGAGAGAUGAAGCAGGAGCAGCGACGUGAUAUGGAGGCUAAGAGGGAGUCAAUGCAGGAGCCCAAGAGAUCAGUGGAGAAGGAGAAUCUGGCUCCGAAGGAAGACACACUGAAGUUGAGGAGUCAGAAGACGGAGAAGAAGCCAGAUUCUCUUGUGAGCAGUCGAGGAGACAGUGGUGCUCAGAAGUCUGCCGGCGCCUCUGCCUCUCAGUCAAUCCAAUCAAAUGGCUCCGAUGGAUCAUCGAGCAGUCGCAAGGUUGUGUACUUUCCACGUCAUCUGUCCGAUCAUGAGAUCCUCGAGAGCACGUCGACGUACAUGAAGAGCUCCAAGGCCGUGUCUAGGAGUCACACGCACGAGGACAGCACAAAGUCGAGCAGUGUGAAGCAGACGGGCAAGCGCGAAGAGGGAUGGAAGGAGGUGGUGAGGAAGAGUUCUGUGCAGCAACAGGUCUCGUCAUUGGCCGAGCCAAGCUGCAAGAAAGUCGCUGUGCCCACGCAUGCGAUUUCACGCGUGAUUGGACGCGGCGGCAGCAACAUCAAUGCCAUCAGGGCGGCAACUGGGGCGCAUAUUGAGGUGGAGAAGCAGGGCAAGUCUCAAUGUGAUCGAUGGAUCACGAUUAAGGGCUCACUGGAUGCCACGCGACAGGCGCACUCGCUGAUUGGCACGCUCAUCAAGGAUCCAGAUGUGGACAUUCUGCAGAUGCUGCAGAAGGUGAACGCCAAUGUGAAACCUGUGCCGCCGUCACCGUCUAUUGGCCCCAUUGGCUACUGGGGUGAGAAGUCACCGGUCACCACGACGUCCAGCAGCUUCACAUCCGCCAGCUCUGCAAUCACUACGUCGAGCAAUGUCCAGACAAAGGUACUGAGUGGCAUGAAGCAACCAGUUGCCAGCUCGUCGAAGCCAUUGAGUGUUGCAUCUUCUGUGGCGCCAACGAAGAUCCUCUCGUCGGUGCCAUCGUCUGUCUCGAGUGCCUCACGCUCGGCACAGUCGAAGGUGUAUCAAUCCAGUCACCAACAGAGUCGACCUGUUGUCACCAGCAGCAGCACUGUUUCGCGGGCGAAUCCGGAGAUACUGAAGCGUCCCGCAGUAUCCACUUCCGUGAAUGUGUCCAGCGGAAGCAACACCACAAAAACCACCAUGUCCUUCACCGGGGCAAUUAUGUCCCUCAAAUCGACCACAACGAAGAACAUCACGCCGGCAAUGAGUAUGUCCGGACCACCUGGGACAUUUGCAUCCAAAUUGCUCACGAGUCAGGCGAGUGAUGUGAAGAAGAUCCUGACAUCCAGUGCGGCGACGACAAUGAGUUCCGCCUCCACGGCGUCCCUGGUGUCGAGUAGUGCUGCGCAACAACAGUCAGCGGCAGCGGUGAAUGUUGUGCAAAUAAGUCCUAAGCAUCACAAUGUGAGUGCCAAUGGACAGAAUCUGCCCGCACCGUUUGCCAAUGCAAGUCAGGCGCCAAAUGUGGGGGUGAUUGGAUCGAGUGCAAAGCCACCAUUCUCGCAGACCAGCAUUGAGUCGUCGUCGGUGAGUGGAUCGAGUGGCGGCAGUAGCGGACCGCCGCGCUCAAUCACACCCAUUGGACCGCCGACAAGUCGAAACGUGACUCAGUCUCCACUUCUGCAGAAGCAGCAAGCACUGCCAGUGUCGUCCAUGUCUUCGGACACCGCUCUGGGUGUGGCUUCGGUGAUUCUGCAGAGUGGAAGUAGUGGCGGAAGUGGCACGGCCAGUGGCAUUGCUGCGCAGCUCCAGACGAAGAUAAGUCAGUUGCACGGUGCCCAGGCGCACGAGUACUCCCUCUUCAAUGACAGCUACGGGAGUCAGUGGGAGAACAAGCAGAUGUACAACAACGUGCUGCCACUGCAGGCGGAUGCCUCAAAGGCGCCCGGGUAUCGUGGCAACACUGUGAGCUCACCGGUGAGUUUGAAGACGAGCAGUCAAUCCAUCACACCGCCGUCGAGUGGCCAUCAUCUGAGUGUGGCACCGUCAACGGGGAAUGUGGCAUCGACUCUCCUCACCACCACACAGUCGCAGGCCACGCAGAAUCUGUCCUCUGUCCAGGUCACGCCAUCCAGUCAGGUGUACGAUUUGGCGCAGUCCGCUACUGGCAGUGGUGGUGUGAUUAAGCCACCCACGACGCAGAUUCAGCCACCGCCGCCAUCCAAUUUGGCCGUGCAGCGCCCCAUCAUGAGCAACAUGGCACAGGCGCGACCUGUCAAUGCCCAGAUGGACUCCUACUCCAGUGGCAGUGGAGCCGGAGCGCGACAGAAUCUGUUUGACAAUCUGCAGGCGCAGUCGUCCAAUACUGGCAGCAGUGGCAGUUCCUCGUCUCAGCACAUGCUCAACUACAGCCAGAACUCAGAGUCCAGCCAUCCGCCACCGUUUCAGCAUCUCGGCGGUCUCGGUGCUGGCAAUCUGCACAUGUCACGUCUCAAUCCGCGCGCCACUGUCUUCUCCUCGAUGCAGCAGCAGCAGCAAGCGCCGCCGCCACAGCAACAGCAGUCUGCCAAGGCGAGUGGUCAGCAGCAGCAUCCGAGUCAGUUUGGCAACAUUUUCCAACAGAAUCAGGGCGCAUCGGCGGCACCUGGUGGCGGCGGCAGUGGCAGUGGCAGCAUGAAUAGCCAGUACAGCAAAAUGCCACCCAUUGCGUCGUACAAUCCCACACCGGGACGCCCACAGUCGCAGCCGCAGCCGCAGACGCAGCAGCAGCAGGCGUCGCAGGGUGGGCAGGUGAAUAAUGGGCGUUGGUAUGAUUUGUCGCACUUGCCGUCACCGCGGGAGAUUCUCAACAUGGAGAAUGGCUUCAACAUCGGUCUGGGCUCACCGUCCGCCAUGUCGCCCAACAAUCCACCUCAGGCCACCACGAAUGGUGUGCUGUCCAGCCAAUCGACGGACGACAGCCGGAAGAUGCCGCGACCCAUUGGCACGGAGCGCGCCAGCUGGAAGUAUGGCUACAAUUCGAAUGUCGUGGCCCAGUCGCAGCCGCCGCAGAUGCCAAUGGAGAUGGACAAUGCGGGUCAGAUUCAUCCGUGGAUGGUGGACAAGCAGCCGUGGAUGAUGCCGAUGCGCAAUCAAUAUAUGCCCACAGAUGACCUCCAUCCUCACGAUCACUUCUCGCACAUGCAACUGGACUAUCAUGCUGGUGCAAAUGUGGGUCCAUCGCCGCAAAAUAUGAACCUGAUGCAGUCGCUUCAGUACACACCAUUCAUGCCACAUGCUGACAUUGGUCAACUGCCAGAUAAGAUAGAAACUUGGGAACCUGAGAAACAUGGCUGGAAGUGGACAAAUUGAGUUAGGAAUGCCGUGAAUUUCAUCAGAUAUUGAACACAUUAAAUAGAAACACUUUCAAUUUCAAUUCAUAUAAUAUACAUAUACUUUGUUUGCAAAACAAUUGAGGGUUAAAUCCCCUGAUUUUUUUCUCAAUAUAUUGUCAAAGAGAGUAAUAAAUGCAAGACAAAGAAAGAGAGAGAGUUGAGAGAAAAAAAGGGUGGAUGCGAAGGAAGAUGUGCUCCAUAAACUUGUCUUAUUUGUCACGUUGUUGUAUCUUAUGGAAUUCGUAGUAGUGUGAAAAGAGGUUGAAGAAGAAAAUGCACAGCAUCAAUUUACAUGCUUUAAAAAACUGAAGUCUUUCUAUAUGAAUUUUGAUUUUCUACACGAUGAGUUUCUUUGAUAGUAAAAAGGUGUAAAAAAAUAAUAAUCUCUCUUAGACAAGACGAAGAUGAAGAUGAAAAGAUGAUGAAGAGAAGCGGAAUGGAAGAAUAUAUUGAGGCAGUUUUGACGAUAGAAGAUGGCAAGCGAAAAUUCUGAAUAAAUCCUUUCUAUCCCUUAUUUACAAUGUUUAUCACACAUUCUCGAAAAGAAAUGAAGAAGAAAAAAAAAACUUUAGAAAAAGAUGGUAAUAGUAAAAAAAAACAAGAUAAUUAAAGGACAUGAGAAAGAUAGAGGCAACUUUUUGCUGUUAUUAUUCAUAUUAAAAAAAGAAGAAGAUGAUGAAAAAAA